AUGGACGCGGCUCCUCCCUACUACCAACACGCGCCUCCUCCUUCCCACUAUCCAUAUUAUCACCCGCCGCCGGCCGAGAAACCCCCGCCGGCAUACUUCCAUUCGCAGCAUCCACUUCCACCUCCGGUCCCCCACUAUGCGCUGCCCCUUCCUCCUCCCCCAGCCCCUCUCCCGCCCCUUCCAAAUCACGAUGAGGUACGGACCCUCUUCAUCGCUGUCCUCCCAUCACCUCCGGUCCCCCACUAUGCGCUGCCCCUUCCUCCUCCCCCAGCCCCUCUCCCGCCCCUUCCAAAUCACGAUGAGGUACGGACCCUCUUCAUCGCUGGUCUCCCUGACGACUGCAAGUCCCGGGAGAUUUAUAACCUCUUCCGAGAAUUCCCUGGCUACCAGUCCUCCCAUCUUCGGAGCUCCACUGAAUCCUCCCGGCCAUAUGCAUUUGCUGUCUUUGCUGACCAACAAUCUGCAGUUGCUGCAAUGCAUGCUUUGAAUGACUUCGUUUUUGACCUUGAGAAUGAGUCAACUCUUUACAUUGAGCUUGCAAGAUCCAAUUCCAAAUCUGCUAAACGCCCAAGAAAAGGCGUUGGGAGCAAUAUACACAUGCCUGGAAUGGGUAAUUCUGCUUACAGCACAUAUGAUUAUCCUUCUACACAAAGUUAUGUAAGCUUUGACCAUGACGAGGCUCAUGAAGUGGACCCGAAGAAACCGACUGCAUUAAGAAAUCCUCCUCCUCAAAACAAUCCUCCUUGCCCAACACUUUUUGUGGCUAAUCUUGGUCCAGCUUGUUCUGAAAAAGAGCUUACUCGAAUGUUUUCCAAAUACCCAGGAUUUUUAAAGUUGAUGUUGCAACACAAGAAAGGGGUUUCUGUUGCAUUUGUCGACUUUCAGGACAUUGCUUGCUCAACUGAAGCCCUCAACAGCCUGCAGGGAAGCUCUUUAUUCUCAUCUUUUGGGGAGCGCCUGCGCAUAGAGUAUUCAAAAUCUCGCAUGGGGCUGCGCAAACGGGAUAGGUGAAGCCAAAAUCCAGGGAGGAGCUCACUAAGUCUUUCUGACCACCCUUCAUAUUUCUACCAUUUAACAUAAGCUUUAUCUUAAUAUUUUGUAGCACCAUACACUUAAAUUUUGUUGAAGUUUAAGUUGUCUGAAUUGAGUCAAAUCUGAAUCAAAAUUUAUUAUCGGAUUGAAAUGUUUGGAUUUAUUGCAGUUGCUGAUUGUAGCUCUGUUUUUUCUUAUUUCCUACGGCUGCUAUAAGCAAAGAGAUAAUAGACUAAAUUUUGCA